AUGACGAUCUCAUCCACUAUCCACACUGUGCGCAACGCGUUUCUGAUCUACAUCUUCACCUUGCCUGCCAUCGCAUUCGCCUACAUCUCACUCUGGGAGUUCUUUAAAAUCUUCUAUUUCCUGAUACUCUCCUCAACGAUCAUCAAAAUCAAAUUCAGCAUCUGGACGCUCAUUUGUGUCUUCCGUUUGACUCUUUUCCUCACUGCGUCCGCCCUCGACGCCAAGCUCACCCUGGCAUGUCGCCUCAAUCCGUCAACCCAGCCACGACCCGACUUCCGGCUACGGGCCAUCAAAAUGGAAAGAUUACGGCGGACGGCGGUGGGCCAGCCUUGGACGUAUGCUACAGUGCUGGGCUAUUGGCGCAUGCGCAUACCCGCAUUCCUACUCGUCGGCAUCAUGGCUUUGGCAAUGCUACUCUCGGUGAGCUCAGGCAUGUGGUUCUGGGCAUGGGUGCCUCUGUUAUCGAUGCUGCGAUUCCUGAUAUCGGCGGUUUACAUGUGCUAUUUGCGCUGGAUCGGCUGCCCUGCGCUGGAUAAAGAAUACACGCGGAUGCUGGCUUUACGGCGAAGUGCACUGGACAGUGUAACGAUAGAUUGGUUGGAUUGGCUACUCAACGCCGUGAUUGGGGAGGAUGGGCCUACUCAAGAGCAGAUUAUGCAGCUAGAGGAUGAUUGGAAAGAGCUGGAGACUCGGCUUGUUAACUCACGUGUGGAACUGGAGGACCUCCGGCACCGGCUCGUGGAGAGCGAGGAGGCGCGCAGCGGAACAUACGAAGAAUCUGACGAGAUGAAACAGCUGGCGGAGAGAGUGAAGGUCGUUGACGAGACACUCUGGCUUAUAGAGGAGGAAAUCCGGAACCACAUCGAAUAA